AUGGAAAAGGCUGUCGAAAUCCGAGUUAUAAUAAACUCGUCGUCAGUGAGGGGUAUUACCAAAGAUACUAUUGAAGCUGGCAUCUCAGAUAGUACUGAUAUCAGUUCAGUAUCAGAGUACAAUUCAGUAAGGGAUGAGGACGAGAAAGAAGUUCUUGAUGAAAUAAUUGACAGUGACAUUAAUGACGAUUUUGUGGUUAAUGAUCCUAUUGAUCCUAUACAAAAUCAGAUUUUGAGUGACACGAAUGGUAAAGCUCCAUAUUUCAGGGCUAUAAAUGGGUUUCUAAGCAAUUGCACACACACAAAUAUUGUUUUCACUGCAGUUUCUUAUUCAUAUGUAGAUCAUAAACAUAUUCAAUUGAUGUACAAAUUCAAUUCACGACUUUCCGAUUACGCAAAUGCUUUGAGCAGAUAUGCGGUAGGAACUGUGGCUUGUAUAGACAUGAAUGAUGCAAAUGGCUUUGUGCAUAAAAAACACAUAAUUACUGAUAAAUUACUGUAUUUCACCCAACACGAAGUUAAAAAUAGCAAUCUUAUUUUCAUUAAGCCAUUCGAGUCUUCAACUGAAAACCAAGUUGAACUGAAUGUGGAGCCCGUUGAGGUCGAGGUUUUAGAGUCUACUAAGCAUUGUGAAUUUUUUUUAGAAACGAACCUAGGCGAAGUGAUGCAGACAUGA